GACGAAAGUCAGCAUGUGUCAAACAUCAGAAAUCUCUCACUCUUCUUCUUUCCCUUUACAAUAUUCAGACACUAGUUUCUACUUUUUUCCCGUCCGCCUACAUGUUUCUCUCUCUUCUCUCUCUCUCUCUCUCUAAAGGGAAUCAUAAUUGUACUCCAUUUUCAUGUUCCUCCACCACCCAUCUCUUAUUCUACACUAAACUUCUUCCUUCUCUAAACUAAAAUUAAAAAAAAAAAAAAAUGUUGGCUUCUGAUGAGAACAAUAUUUCUUCGAUCAUAACAGAGGAUCGAACAUUGCGAUUCAGUGUUGAUCUGGUCUCUGCUGCCAGAAGAAAUCUAUCUUUCUUAAGGCUCGUCUCUGAUUCUCACUGGCUUCAUCACAAACCCACACUUCUCGAAUCCAUUAGAAGAUAUGAUAAGCUAUGGAUGCCACUAAUUGCUGAUCUUACAACAACCUCUAAACCUCCAAUGAUUCUCCCACCUCUUGAUAUCGAAUGGGUUUGGUAUUGCCAUACUCUCAAUCCGGGUAGUUACAGGCAGUACUGCGAGUCAAAAUUCUCGAAACUAAUAGGUAAACCAGCUAUAUUUGAUAAAGAAAACGAAGAGUACGCGUUGAACAGAUGCAGAGAAAUAUGGGAGAACAAAUUCCCAAUAUCGGAGCCUUUUGAAAAUGAAGCAGACAUUAAUUUGGAAUACGAUGCAUCUGUUUGUAGUGAAGAAUUGUUGGAUCAAAUGUCUAAGCAAAGGGAUCUUCACAUAAGAUUCUUUUCGGAGCCGUAUUAUUCGGAGAUGGUUUAUUUAGUGGCGGCUAAGGAGAGAUACAAAGCUUUUCUUCAUAUGGUCCAUAAAUUUUCUGAUCAAUCUUCUUUCUUAGCUCCCACUUCAGAUGUUCUUUUAAUGUGGAUCACUCAUCAGAGCUAUCCAACAGUAUAUGCAACGGAUAUUAAAGAGUUGGAUGGAGAUGUGGAGAAAAUAAUCGAGCAGAAAGAAUACAUAGAAAAAACCAAAAGGCUUUGGGAGAGAACUUUCGAUCAACCAUUUGAGAAAGCAGGUGCAUCCAUUGCUCGGCCUAUUUCAAACGAACCACCUUUUUACUGGGACGUAACAAAUGCUGAUGUCAACACAAUAUACAACUCCAUGGCUCCCAGGUUCUUAUUUGAGGUGUGCAUAUCAGUAAAAGUAGUAACCUCAAAUCAGAAGCAAAUGAAAAAGGAUCUUCAAAAAGACUUUUUGCGUCUCCGAAUGGUGAAAGGUCACAAAGAGCUCAAAAUGGAAAAACCAGUGUCCGAUUUCAGCGCAGAGUCGUGGCAGAAAGCAUGGCAUCUCUACAGCGAAUUCGGUACCAAAGGGGUGAUAAUCGAGCUACGCCAAAGUGGUGGGAAAUUCUCCACAGGCAGUUCGCUACGAGAGAGCGUUUCAUUUUCUUGGAACGAGAUAUUGUGCGCACCUUCUCUCACAUCGGUGAAGAAAGUGGACCAAAGAGCGAUGACUAUAACUACUGUUGCUUCAAUAACUCCACCUGUGCAAGGAUCAUACUUGUUGAAAUGCGUGCCUGAUCGUGUCACAGAUGACUCGGGUGCAAUGAUUUCCGAUGUCAUUCUCAGAAUGAAUCAGUACCGCCCACAAGAAGGUAGGUGGUUGUCUCGUACCGUUCUUGAUCAUGCUGGUAGAGAGUGUUUCGUCGUUCGAAUCAGAGUUGGGGGUGGUUUUUGGAGAAGAGGGGGCGAAAUUCCUACAGCUGUCAAAUGGGAGAACAGGAUUGUAGAGAUACGCGAGGGAUCUUGGUCUUAUGUUGUUGGUUCCAGUUCGAUCGGUACAUCUCCCGAGAAAGUAGUUGGAACGGCUACACCGAAAGAACCAAAGGAAGGGUUCCAAGCUUUGUGGAACUUCUCGUCAGGAAACGAACUGUUAAUAAAGUGGGACUCAUCAAAAAAAUCAAUCUCAGAAUUGAGAUUCGAUCUGCAAACUAAAAUUACUUCUGAACCCAUGGUAAAGCUUUUGCAAGGGAGACAAAUGCAGUAUCAGGUCAAAGAAGACAUAAUUAAUAAUAAUAAUCAUAAUAAUGGGAAAACGGAAGACGAAGAAGAAGAAUUCGUGACGUUAAUUAGAUACACGGAUGAAAACCCGACGGGAAAAGCAACUGCUCUUAUGAACUGGAAGCUAAUGGUGGUGGAGGUUUUGGCGGAAGAAGAUGCAGUCGAAGUACUACUCAUAUGCGUUUGUAUAGUGAGGACCGUAUCGGAAAUGAAAAGAGAAGAUGUCGGAAAGUUGUUGGUUAGGAGGAGAAUAAGAGAAGCGAAGAUUGGAGAUAGAGAUUGGAGUUCCGUUAUUCUUCAUCCGUCGUCUUAUAACACUAGUCGUCCGUCACUUUUGUCUUCGUAUAUUAGUAGUGUUCAACCUUGGUAUUGGAAUGCGGAGUUGGUAACGGCGUCCCAUGUGAAGGAUCAGAUUGUAGGUGUACCGUCUUCGAACUAUUCACAGGCGGAAGGUGGAGAUAAAUUGUACAAAGCAGGACUUAUUCCUUGAAACUUCAUGCAUCAAUUGUGAGAUGGUAAGAAAUUGUUAUAUGAAAUCCUGCAUUUUUUUGUUAUUGGUAAUAGGGCUAUCAAAACUAAUAUUAUUG